GAGGGACCGGAAGAGGUGGAUCCUUUCUGUUGCGAUGUGGGGAGGCCGCAAGCUGAGCUCCUCCGGGAGUCGAUUUUUAGGAGCUCAUAGGUCGGCGUUCCGGGGCACACAGGCCGACUCUCCUCGCUUGACCACGUCGGCGGCUUAUUCAAAAAAUCAGCUCAGUUGGACUCUACAAAUUAAACCAUCGGUUUUCAGUGAAUACAGAAUCAUGUGUUUCAAAUCCUAUAGCAUGUCUUUUGCCUGCCUGAAUAGGCUGAAAAGUUACAGACUCCCUUGGACAAGACUGUACAGUACUUCCCGGACCACUGUAGACAGCAGUGAGGUGAAGACCUUCCUGGCCUUGGCACACAGGUGGUGGGACGAGCAAGGAGAAUAUGCACCUCUUCACUCUAUGAACGACCUGAGGGUGCCGUUCAUUAGAGACAAUCUUUUAAAAACAGUUGCUGAUCACCAGCCAGGAAAACCUUUGUCUGGGAUGAAGAUUCUUGAUGUUGGCUGUGGUGGUGGAUUGUUAACGGAGCCUCUAGGGCGGCUUGGGGCUUCAGUUAUUGGAAUUGAUCCUGUGGAUGAGAACAUUAAAACAGCACAGCGCCAUAAAUCAUUUGACCCAGUCCUGGAUAAGAGGAUAGAGUACAGAGCGUGUUCCCUGGAAAAGAUUGUGGAAGAAACUGCAGAAACAUUUGAUGCUGUUGUAGCUUCUGAAGUUGUAGAACAUGUGAUUGACCUAGAGACGUUUAUACAGUGCUGCUGUCAAGUGUUAAAACCUGGUGGUUCUUUAUUCAUUACUACAAUCAACAAAACACAGCUGUCCUAUGCCUUGGGAAUUGUUUUUUCAGAGCAGAUUGCAGGUAUUGUACCAAAAGGUACUCAUACAUGGGAGAAGUUUGUUUCACCUGAAAAGCUAGAGAGCAUUCUGGAAUCAAACGGUCUGUCAGUUCAAACUGUGGCAGGAAUGCUCUACAACCCCUUCUCAGGUUACUGGCAUUGGAGUGAAAACACCAGCCUUAAUUAUGCAGCUCAUGCCCUGAAAUCCAGCAUGCAGGAACACCCAUCUCCUGCCGAGUUUGCUUUAAAGGAGGAAACAGAAGAGCUGCGAAUUGAAACCUCCACCAACUCAGGCAAGCUCCACGACGACGGCAGCUUGGGUACCCACAACCACUGCUGUCCUUCACGAAGAUCAGCAUCUGGGGCAAGGAGCAGGGUGCAUCCGGAGGCGACAUUGGUGUGUGUGUGUGGAUAUCUGGGUAGAAAUUGACUUUUCAUUGCAUUCUUCUCUGUAGCUUUUGAAUUUUGUACUGUGUUUAUGUAUUAAUAUCAAAAAUAAUGCAUGUGAUCCCUUUUUAAAAGAAUGGAGAAAUAUUUAUUCCCCUCUCUGACGAUCAACCUUUGCUUCCUCC